CACCAGAGAUGUCGUUAGUGGAUUGAAGCAUUUGUACCGUCUUUGAAGAGAAUGAGAGGGAAUGAUAGAAAACUCGAUGGCUGAAUUAUUUUGCUGAAAUUAGCUAACUCUUUAAUGAUAUCUAUAGAAAAUAUGUUCCUCACUCUAUGUAGCUAUUAUAGGAAAAAUUCAAGCUCUAAACGGUGAAAUAGUGGAUAGAUUGGAAAUGGAUAAACAUAAUGUUGCAUCUGCCAAAAUUUCACACAGUAUUGGGAAUGAUUAUGAAAUCUCAUCAGACUCUGGAAUAGGCUUAUCAUCUGACAGCAGCUAUUUUUGUGAAACGCAGUCGUCUGUUAAAAAUAUUGAUAAACCAUGGAGUUGCCUUUCCCCAAAGGCAAGUCACUUCAACAGUUCAUAUUUUAAAUCCGGAUUUCCUGGAGAAAGUAAAAAUAUGGAUAUAGUAGGUCAACCACAAACUAUAAAAAGUCAAGCUGAAUUUAAAGAUGAUUGGAGACAAGUUCUAGUUUGUUACAGAAAAUUUGAAAGAUCUUGCAUGAAAAUGUGGAAAACAAAUGCAGUGGAUGAUAUGAGAAAAAACUCGGAAUUGGAGCAAUUUAGGAAUAUUAUUAAGCAAUUAAAUGGUAACAGAGAGGCCAUAAAUCGGUUCCUAUAUAGUCCUGAUGAAGAUGGAGAUACAAAACUUCACUUAUCGAUUAUACAUAAAAAUGUUCACUUGUCAGUGGCGAUGAUAAGUUACGCUUCUGAACCUAAAGAUUUUUGUAUAUCCAACAACAAGAUGCAAACUGUACUCCACUUAGCCACUUUACAAAAUUUGCCGAGACUAGUUAGAUUUUUGGUGAUAAAUGGAAGUUCAGUUACAGCUCGAGACUCAUACGGAAAUACACCUUUACAUUUGGCUUGUAAAUUAGGAUACUUAGAAUGCUGUGCUGCAUUGAUUAAACCUUUAGUUCUUGAUGAAGAGAAAUGUAUGAUAUUCGAGGAAAAGCCACUUCAAAAAAUUCCACAAUCACCUAAUAUUUAUAAUUUUAACGGCCAAACUUGUCUACAUGAAGCUGUCAAUCAUUUGGAAAUUGUUUCGUUAUUAUUAACUAUAUCAUCAUUCGAAAAAUCAGUUAAUCUACACGAUAUGAAAAGCGGAAAGAGUUUAUUGCAUAUUGCCGCUGAAGAAGGCAAAGCCGAAUUAUUAAAGACAUUGUUAAACCACUCAAUAGAUUUAAAUUGUCGAACAUUUUCGGGAUAUACACCACUGCAAUCAGCUUUGGGCAGAGGAUGCAUAGAUAUUGUAAAAAUACUAGAACAGGCCAAAGCCGUUAUCGAAGAAAUUUCUACUGACAGCGAUGGAGAUAGCGAUAUGGAAGCUAUAGAUGAAGAAAUGAACGAAUUGUCUAUCACAGAAUAGAAAAAAAUAAUCAUCACGAAAGAAUGAAAUUAGACAAAUAUGGAAAUUACGGCCAGAAAAAACAUUAUGAAAAUAUAUCUGGUUGUACUGUGUAUAUACAUAACAAUAGACAAAAAGAAAAAUACUGUUAUUUCUCUUUUCGUUCUCUUCAUAUGACAAGUUUUUAAAAGAAAUUCCUUCAAAGUAAAUUAAAAAGUAUAGUUUUAUAUUUUCGUUUCCUAUAUAUGUUUUAAUAAACAAAGUCUAUAGAAAUAGAUAAAAUAAAAGGAAAAAAAACUUCUCUUUGAAAUGUUUAAA